UUCUAACAAGGAAACGCAUCGUUACGAUCCCAUUGUUUCUCGAUUCACUAAAAAAAAAUCCUAAUCAGAACGUUUUCUCGACGACAUGAAUUUUAUUGGUUUCUUGGUUAUUAUUUUAAAAGUGUGUAAUAAUUUCCAUAAGUGAAGUAAAAGGACACUUAGUACACCCAAGAGAGGAUUCUGUAUAUUUCAUGUCAGCACCAAGGUCAGCGAACAAUGAUAGAAUUAGUGUGAGCUGUUCCGAGCUGUACGAAAUGUUGACCGACCAAUCCGUGGAGAUCUCCAGCAGUCGCCGGUUUCUCGAAGACCAAGAGGAGCGCGAUUUUGGAGGUUCCAGACACUGGAAAGGAGAAAGCUCCGAGAAUCUCCAUCAUCUUCCAAAGAUCAAACAUAAUAGGGCUUCGCCAGACAUAUCAGAGUUCAUAGUUGGAAACAGAAGUAAAUCUUUCCCAUUUAUGAAAGACAAACCAAUCUCCUCACCUACUACCAUGAGAAAACUAGACGCUAGGACGUUGGAGAAAGAGCUUCUCACGCAAUUCAAAAACAGACGACUCAACCCCCACUCUCACGUGCAAAUGGGAAUGAACAAAUCGCCCCGGCAACGGCUACAGAAGUCAUUCUACCCCAGUGCUAAACAGCUAGCCGUGCAGUCACUGGAACAAUUUCAACAGAACGCGGACACUGCCACAACGACGACAGCAGACGACCGCUUCGCUGUUGACGUCAUUGAGUCUUCCAGCAAUAUGCACACAACGGUCCUUUCCGAGGACUGCAUUCUCGAUGGUACACCAUCGAAAACUUCUACCUUGCCUUCGCGAGAUUAUUUUGAUGGGUUGUCGAAUCCUCGUUGGCGGAGUUUGAAUGAUGCAGCUGACUCGGGAUUUUAUUCCAUGACCAGGAAACCUCGAGGUUACGCUGUAAUAAUAAACAACUACGAGUUUUACAAAGAGAUGAUAGCAUUUACCAGCAGUGGACCACAGACUCUCAGGGUGAUACAGAAAGGUUUAAGGCGAGAUGGCUCCAUAGAAGACACAGAUAAAUUGAGUCGGUUCUUCAGGGACGAACUGCAUUUUAUUGUCAGGGGACACGCUAACGUAUCGUCCUACGACAUGAUCAAGAUUCUAAAUGACGUCAGCAGUGCCGACCAUGAUGAGUUUGACGCGUUCGUCUGCUGCAUCGCCAGUCACGGCAGGAGGGGGACAUUGUUUGGGAGCGAUUGCCGGGAAAUCAAGGUAGAGGACGUCACGGGUCUGUUCAACGGAAACCAUUGUGUCUCUCUGUCAGGAAAACCGAAAUGUUUCUUCAUUCAGGGCUGUCGUGGAAACCAUAUUAGUCAGAAAGGUGUACUAUAUGGACAGCGAAAUGAGAGUUCUCAGGAUGAGCACUACAUACCCCUCACGUGUGACUUUUUGAUUGGCUAUUCACUAAUCAAAGAGUGUACGGAAUUUCACGCGCGACAAAGUGGAAGUCUUUUGUACAAAACACUUGUAAAGUAUUUCAGGAAAUACUGUAAAAGGUACGAUCUCAUUAACAUCAUGGUUCGUGUGAAGAAAGCGUUGGCCAAGCUACAGGAAAAUUCCGUAGGAGCAGAGGAUAUAUUUGAAUGUAACUUCAGAGCCCAGUUAGUGUUCUAAAAACACAACAUAAAAGAGAACCAAGUGCAGACACUUUACUGUAGAAUUCUCGACACUUUACUGUAGAAUUCUCGACACUUUACUCUAGAAUUCUCGACACUUUAUAAGAAAAUAAUGAGAAAGUGUCGUAAAGGUCGAACCGGUGGUUUUGACAUGUCGCAUUGUAUACGAUAAAUUACAGGUGUAUCAGAUAAUGCUGCACCGACAAGAAGGUCGACAGUUCGAAUUUCAUAGGUAGUGUGUCGAGUCCGUGGACCAUGUAUACUGUAUAUGUUGGCCUAUUCCAUACAAUUGUAUAUACGCACGUCACAAAUGUUCAUCCAAUUAAAUUUUUCGGAUUACAUUAACUGCCUAGCUCGAGUUGAUGUCUCCGUGACUUUAAGACUGUGUGGCUUUUGACAUAGCUGCAAAUUUGUUGCUCUUAGGAUAUGACAAUUUCACCCCUCCCCUGAGAUACAUGUAGCUAGAUAGGGAAUUGCGGGGGUCGGACAUUCAAUGCGUAUAGUCGCAUGGAAUGUAAACAGAAAUUUAGAGCAAAAGAUAUGUGACAGUGACUUUUGCACAGUCAUAUCUGACUACGAUGUAAUAUUUUUAUCAGAAUGCUGGAUUCAACCUGGAACAGCUCUAAAGUGCGAUUGGUUAAACGACGAAUUUGAAUACAAAUGUUUUCCUAGACUGAAGGGUAAAGGCGGUGGCCUUGUGCUGUUAUACAGAAAAACACUUCGUAAGUUUGUAUCAAUUGUUAAAUGUGUUGAAGACACACUCAUAUGGUUAAGAGUAGAACAAAGAGAUCAUCCCGAUAUUUAUAUCUGUUUUGCGUAUAUACCUCAUGAUCAUAACGUUUACUACACAAAGUAUAAUUGCGAUUUAUUUGAUUGCAUCUUAAAUGAUAUGUCAAUUUUUACACAGAACGGCACUGUUGUUGUUGCCGGUGACUUAAACAGUAGAGUUGGUAAUUUACCUGAUUAUAUUGUAGAAGACUCUCUUGCUAUACCUAUUCAUGAUAUGCUGUCAAAUGUUUUUGAUUAUAACACCGAUUCGGUCAUGCCACAUCGAGUAUCAGAAGAUAUGAUGGUCUAAUGUAUAUGCUGGUUUUUGUUGGUUUCUUUUUUAUGUAAACUUGUCUUAUAACUCUCUUCAUGUAUGUCCAUCCUCUAAUAUUCACUCCACUUUUCAUACUGUAUACAUCUUUUUUGUUUAUACUUUGUAAUUGAAUAUGUAUUAUGCUGAUGAGCCGUAAGGCUUAAAGCCAAUAAACAAUACACUACAAGGAUAUGACAAUUUCACCCCUCCCCUGAGAUACAUGUAGCUACGGUUCUGCUGCUAAAUACAAAUUAUAUAUACAUGUACAUAUAUAACAAAAAUUAACAUUUCAAGAUAUACAAUGUUUAAUACUCGAUACUUUCUUUGCCAAGGAAAGGUUUUGCAAGUUAUAUCUACAACUGACCUCCUUUAAACAGGUAUAUGAAGAGAAAAAAAACCCAACUUUUAUUACAAUGCAUAACUCGCAAAAUUACGUUUUCGACAAAUUGUUCGACAUGAAAAGGUAAAUUUAAGGUAGUAUUAUGUUUAAUUUGUGGACAUUGGUACAUGUAUAUCGACCUCAAUAAAAGUGUGUCAACUGGAA